AAAUUUGUUGGAAAUAAAGAAAAAAAAGUUCAUAGGAACGUCUCAAAAAUUAUGUUCGAAAAUUAAUACGUUGAUGUAUUGCGAAUAAAAAUAAAAAAUAAAUUCGUACAAAUUAUAAAUAAUAAUGGUUAAAAAUAAAUAUAAUCUUAAACGAAAUAAAAUAGAAUAGUUGUAACGGAUUUUGGGAGGGUCUGACGUUUGAGCGGGAGAUUGACGCUCUCUGUGGCAACGCGCGGCAUCUACAGCCCUCUCUGGAACGCCAAGCCGUCACUUGCUGUUGGAGGUAAGAGGUUCGAGGGAACAGUCUUGCAACAAAGCUCGCGACCAUGUCCGACAAUGAGUCCGCUGCCGUAGACGAGCAGAAGAGGAAGAGGGGCCGCCCUGCUAAGGGGUCAUCGGAUGUCAAGGAGGCCAAGAGGAGGAACAGAUCCACGGCGGACGACAAGAAGGAGGUGAAGAAGUCUGAUGGCGCCUCGCCGGCCAAGAGGGGUCGUGGCCGACCAAAGGGCUCCAAAAAGAAGGGCGCUAAAGCCGCGCCCAAGAUAGCGGCGACCGGGCGCGGGCGCGGACGUCCCAAGAAGGAUGACAAGAAGGUGGAAGAGAGUGCCGAGGACGAAGAAGAGGAGGAGGAGGAAGAUGAUGAAGGAGAAGAUUAAAUGCGUGUGCAAAUUUGUCACGUUGUUUUGGACCUGGAGGACAAAGAAUGUUUUUACUCUUACAAUGAGGGCAGUUUUAUAAACUGGAAUCCCAGCACAUUUAUGGAUUGGUCAGUUUUUAGUUCUUUAUAUAAAAAAAACUUUGCCAAACAUAAAUGGCCAUUAUGUGUUACGAAUGUGUGUAAUCAGGUGUGUGUGUGUUUCCUCCUGUUUCUAACUGCCAGGCUGAGUUUGUGUCAGUAAUUGAAAAUUUUAGUCCUUAGGAAUGUUAGGUGAAUGUCGAUAGUAGUAUUACAUUCGGUGAAGUUGUGACCAGAAAAGUUACAUAGUCGCACAAGGUGUGUUCACAUCUACUUUUUAAUGUAUUCAUUCUAUUUUAUGAUAGUUUCCCUUUUCGGCUCCUCUGUAAAAUUGUGCCACGUUGUGUUUCCUUUUUUUUUAUAUAAAUAAAUGUACCAAUUAAGUAAUGUUCUUAAA